GGAGUUCCGCCAUUUUAACUUCCUGCUUCCACGGGAGACGCCGCCGUGGCGUAGCUCUGCUUGUCAAACCGCCAGCUAGUUUACCUGAUCAGAAAGAGCUUAAUUUGUUUGGUUUUUGUGUUUUUUUACAGGAGUCUGAGUAACUGCUUCGUCUUAGCUCCAGACACUUGUGUCGUUCAGUUUCAGUUGAAGAGUCGCAAUGCCGAGCCACCCGCUCCGUGUGGCGGUUGUGUGCUCGAGCAACCAGAACCGCAGUAUGGAAGCGCACAGUAUCCUCAGUAAGCGUGGAUUUGAAGUGCGAUCGUUUGGGACGGGGUCUCAUGUAAAGCUGCCUGGUCCGGCUCCGGAUAAGCCCAAUGUGUACGACUUCAAAACCACUUAUGAACAGAUGUACAACGACUUGGUCCGCAAGGACAAGGAACUAUAUACACAGAACGGCAUUUUGCACAUGCUGGACCGCAACAAGCGCAUCAAGUCCAAGCCGGAGCGCUUCCAGCUAUGCAAGGAGAAGUUUGACCUGGUCAUCACUUGUGAGGAGAGGGUUUAUGACCAAGUACUGGAGGAUCUGAACUCGAGAGAGCAGGAAACCAUGCAGCCUGUGCACGUGAUCAACGUAGACAUUCAGGACAACCACGAGGAAGCCACUCUGGGUGCCUUUCUCAUCUGUGAGCUGUGUCAGUGUAUCCAGCACACCGACGACAUGGAGAACGAAAUCGAUGAGCUCCUGCAAGAGUUCGAGGACAAGAGUAACAGGCCGUUCCUUCACACCGUCUGCUUCUACUGACACACAGAGGGCAGCUUGCAAUAAAAACCAGGAUCCAGAGCAAUCAGGCGACCGAAUGUGGACGUCACCUGACCUGUGUGCCUGCACACACACACACACGCGCGCACACACACACACAACACAUCUGUCUGCAGGACCUAACGGGGGGGGGGGGUCAUGGUGGUACGGGUGGGCUCUCCUCGUGGAGAGGAUGGACUUGCUGCUCUCACUUUGCCUUUCUCCUUCCAGAUCAAGGUUAGGUCAGAAUCCCAAUCAAACGUCUCCUCGGGGAUCGCCAUGACGACCGCACUUCAAAAAGCCCCAUUUCUUUGAGUUUGGAGUUUUGAUUUGUAAUUUUAAUUCAAGUAUUUAGGAGAUAUUUAAAUUCAGCGCUGGAAUCGGUUUAUGAGUUUACGCACACGCAGAGCAGAAAGAUGGGUUUUGGGAGUUUGUUGAAAUGAUAAAGGGGGAGGGGCUAAUGAUGCAUAACCAAACCUGGACUGUUUGAGGCGAAUUCAGAUGUUUAAAGUCGACAUGCUGUCUUUCAGGGCACAGUGUUUGUUGUUUUUCUUUAUAAAUGUUGAAUAAUGGACUCCUUGUAAUAAUUUUGAAGCUGUGAGCUCAGCUCUGAGUGCCUGAUUUUUCUCUGUAAAUAGCGAUAAAAGGAUUAUCUCAAAGGAA